GCAGGCCGUGUCGAGCCGUAGUCGAGUCGGCACGGCCGGCUACUAUAUAAGCUCUCUCGCACCGAGUCGACGUCACACGUCGUUAGCACUCUGCACGGUGAGGAACUCCGCUCGUACCACCUGUUAUACCCUGCUGGAAACAGUUUCGGCCGCCUCGUCGAAUCGAGCCACGUUCCAACGAUCCAAUCGGCUACGUCGCGUCCUGCGAAGCACCGGAAGUUGCUGUUGCCUCCGUCAAAAAACAAAAAAAAAAAAAAAAAAGGAAAGGCGACGAGGAACUACUUGUUACCCGUCUCUUCUCGAUUCGCUUUCGUUCGUCACUGGGGACAGAUUUUUAUCUGCGACGAGAGGACCUCGAGCCACCAUCAGAUACUUUUCUAAUCUCCCAGAUACAGUCGAGAUUCGCGACACAAUGACGUUUAUGAGCAUACUGGUGUCCCUAUUGUUCGUCGCUAUGACUAAAAGUCAACCUGUAUCCUACGCGUACGACGAAAGAGAAUUGCCGUGGGAUCAUCCGUCUCUUUUGUUCCUCGUUGAGAGCCGAAUUCCAGAUUUAGAGAAUGAAAUGUUCGACUCGGGUAACGAUCCUGGAUCAACGGUGGUCCGGACGAAACGGCUGGAAUCGAAACGGAUUGGAUCGCUCUCGAUCGUGAACUCGCUGGACGUGCUGCGGCAGAGAGUCCUCCUCGAGCUGGCGCGGCGCAAAGCGUUGCAGGAUCAACGGCAGAUCGACGCGAAUCGACGUCUUCUGGAGAGCAUCGGUAAGAGAUCGUUCCCGCUUUACAACGUUGGCGACGCGUCGAAGGCUGCCGACUCGAGGACGAAGAACGGGAUCGAGUACGUGAUGGAGCAAAAGGAGAAGAGUCACGAUCGGAGCGCGGCGUCUGACAGAGUAGGGAACUGGCUACGAAACCGGGACGAUUCUGCUUUUCGAGAGAGACAAGACGAUCCGGUGCGAAGGGUUCAGACGAACGAGCUGCGUUUACUGUAAUCAACACGGAGAACGAUCAAGUUACAAUCAACUUUCGCUUUAUUACGGUUUUUUAUCUAACGAGCUAAUGAAUUGCGUAUAGUUUACUUAUUAUUCGUCGUAUUUCCUCAGGUUUUAUUAUGUACAUACACAAUACAUACGCGUUGCACACACACACACGCACACACACACAUAUAUUUUUAAUAUCGCGUUUCAUUCACGAAUUAUAGAUUAUUAAUACGUCGAGCGUCAGAUAAUUUGCGAAUGAGAUUGCAAGUUAGUAAGCAAAAA